ACUCCAACUGCAGCUAUGAGUUCAGACGAGAAGGGCAUAUCCCCUGCUCAUAAAACAUCCACUCCAACCCACAGAAGUGCCUCUUCUUCAACACCCUCCCAUAGGGACAGUCGGCAGAGUAUCCACGUCUUGGAGAGGACUGCUUCCUCCAGCACCGAACCCUCUGUAAGUCGGCAGUUGCUAGAACCGGAGCCUGUCCCCCUCUCCAAGGAAGCUGACAGCUGGGAAAUUAUAGAAGGGCUGAAAAUAGGCCAAACCAAUGUCCAGAGACCAGACAAACAUGAAGGCUUUAUGCUGAAGAAAAGAAAAUGGCCUUUAAAAGGCUGGCACAAGCGGUUUUUUGUCCUGGAUAAUGGCAUGUUAAAGUAUUCCAAGGCACCACUCGAUAUUCAAAAGGGGAAGGUCCAUGGAAGCAUUGAUGUUGGACUCUCGGUCAUGUCAAUUAAAAAGAAAGCUCGGAGAAUAGACCUUGACACAGAAGAGCAUAUCUACCAUUUGAAGGUGAAAUCCCAGGACUGGUUUGAUGCAUGGGUCUCCAAAUUGCGCCAUCAUCGAUUGUAUCGGCAGAAUGAAAUUGUCAGAUCACCAAGAGAUGCUAGUUUUCACAUAUUUCCUUCAACCUCCACAGCUGAAUCCUCACCAGCUGCUAAUGUUUCUGUUGUGGAUGGAAAGGUGCAAGCAAACAGCUUUCCAUGGCAGUCCCCUUUACCGUGCAGCAACAGCCUCCCCGUUACCUGCACGACCGGCCAGAGCAAGGUGGCAGCCUGGUUACAGGACUCGGAAGAAAUGGACAGGUGUGCAGAAGACCUUGCACACUGCCAGUCAAACCUUGUGGAACUUAGCAAACUCCUGCAAAAUUUGGAAAUACUUCAGAGAACCCAGUCAGCACCUAACUUUACUGACAUGCAGGCUAACUGUGUAGAUAUUUCAAAGAAAGACAAGCGGGUCACAAGACGAUGGAGAACAAAAAGUGUCAGCAAAGAUACAAAAAUACAACUGCAGGAAGGGCCAUCUGCGAAGGGCCAGUUCAGCACCACUCGGCGCCGGCAGAGGCUAGCGGCAGCAGUGGCUACAACAGUCCCUUUCAGUGCUACCAUGUCGCCAGUUCGCUUGCAUUCCUCCAACCCCAACCUGUGUGCAGAUAUCGAGUUUCAGACGCCCCCUAGUCACCUCACAGACCCUCUGGAAAGCUCAACGGAUUAUACAAAGCUUCAAGAAGAAUUUUGUCUAAUUGCACAGAAAGUGCAUUCUCUUUUGAAGUCUGCAUUUAAUAGCAUAGCUAUAGAGAAGGAGAAGCUUAAGCAAAUAGUUUCGGAACAGGAUCAUAAUAAAGGCCACAGCACGCAAGUGGCACGGCUCCGGCAGUCACUGUCUCAGGCACUCAACCAGAAUGCUGAACUAAGAAGUCGGUUGAACAGAAUACAUUCAGAAUCUAUUAUUUGUGAUCAGGUUGUCAGUGUAAAUAUUAUUCCUAGCCCUGAUGAGGCUGGUGAACAAAUCCAUGUCAGUCUCCCCCUGUCGCAGCAGGUAGCCAACGAAAGCCGCCUGUCCAUGUCAGAGUCUGUCUCCGAGUUCUUUGAUGCCCAGGAGGUGCUGCUCUCUGCAAGUUCGUCAGAGAAUGAGGCUUCAGAUGAUGAGUCUUACAUCAGUGAUGUGAGUGAUAAUAUAUCUGAAGACAACACCAGUGUUGCAGACAACAUUUCUCGGCAAAUCUUGAAUGGGGAGCUUACAGGAGGGGCCUUCCGAAAUGGACGUCGAACAUGCCUGCCAGCUCCCUGUCCUGACACCAGUAACAUUAAUCUGUGGAAUAUCUUGAGGAACAACAUUGGUAAAGACUUGUCUAAAGUCUCCAUGCCUGUGGAGCUGAAUGAGCCACUCAACACGCUGCAGCAUCUCUGUGAGGAGAUCGAAUACAGUGAGCUUCUGGACAAGGCUUCAGAAACUGAUGACCCCUAUGAGCGCAUGGUUCUUAUUGCUGCAUUUGCAGUUUCAGGAUAUUGCUCCACCUAUUUCAGAGCAGGAAGUAAGCCAUUCAACCCUGUCCUCGGGGAGACUUACGAAUGCAUUAGAGAGGACAAGGGAUUCCGAUUUUUCUCAGAACAGGUUAGCCACCAUCCACCCAUUUCUGCCUGUCACUGUGAAUCCAAGAAUUUUGUGUUUUGGCAAGAUAUCAGAUGGAAAAACAAGUUCUGGGGGAAGUCGAUGGAAAUCCUGCCUGUUGGAACACUGAAUGUCAUGCUUCCCAGGUAUGGAGAUUGCUAUGUAUGGAAUAAAGUCACCACAUGUAUACAUAAUAUUCUCAGUGGGAGGAGGUGGAUAGAGCAUUAUGGAGAAGUAACCAUUAGAAAUACCAAAAGCAGUGUUUGCAUUUGCAAACUCACAUUUGUUAAGGUGAAUUACUGGAAUUCUAAUGUGAAUGAAGUCCAGGGGGUUGUAAUGGAUCAGGAGGGGAAGGUGGUCCACCGGCUAUUUGGGAAGUGGCAUGAAGGGCUCUUCUGUGGCGUGGCCCCUUCUGCCAAGUGCAUCUGGAGACCAGGUUCCAUGCCAACCAACUAUGAACUCUACUAUGGUUUCACAAGGUUUGCUAUUGAGCUCAAUGAGUUAGAUCCUGUGCUGAAAGAUCUCCUUCCACCAACAGACGCCCGAUUCCGGCCAGAUCAGAGGUUUUUGGAAGAAGGAAAUUUAGAAGCUGCGGCAGCAGAGAAGCAAAGAGUAGAGGAGCUGCAGAGAUCACGCAGGCGCUACAUGGAAGAAAACAACCUUGAACAUAUACCAAAAUUUUUUAAAAAAGUUAUUGAUGCCAAUCAAAGAGAAGCCUGGGUUUCUAAUGAUACCUACUGGGAGCUGCGAAAGGACCCUGGGUUUAGCAAAGUAGACAGUCCUGUUCUUUGGUAA